AUGGGGACACUGAGCUGUAUUUGUUCCCUUAGGGAUUGCCAGGCCAGCCAGGAAGCAAAGGUGGCCCAGGUGACAAGGGUUAAUCGGGUCCUCGGGGCCACCCCGGUGCCACCGGUGCCCCAGGGCAGCUUGGCGAGCCCGGACCUCGGGGUGAGCAGGGCCCGCAGGGUGUCCCCGGGCCGAAGGGUGACAGGGGCGAGCGUGGCCUCGUGGGACCUCCGGGAGAGCAGGGCAGAGCGGGCCCAAAGGGUGAGCAGGGCCCACCUGGCAUCCCAGGACCACAAGGCUUGCCUGGAGUCAAAGGAGACAAGGGCUCUCCAGAGAAAAACGGGAGAUCCACGUGUCCACGGCCUGGCAGCGCUCGAGGGAGAGAAGGGGGAGUCAGGAGAGCCAGGACCCAAGGGACAGCAAGGCAUCCAGGGAGAGCUCAGCUUUCCCGGCCCCUCGGGGGAUGCAGGAGCGCCGGGAAUUCGGGGCUAUCCCGGCCCGCCCGGCCCGCGGGGGCUGGUGGGGGAGCGCGGAGUGGCGGGAAUGCCGGGCCCGAGGGGCACAGCCGGCCGGGACGCUGGGGACCAGCACAUCGUGGACGUGGUGCUGAAGAUGCUGCAAGAGCAGCUGACAGAGGUGGCCGUGAGCGCCAAGAGAGCUGCCCUGGGUGGGGUUGGGGCCAUGGGACCUCUCGGUGCCCCUGGCCCCCCAGGGCCACCCGGUGAUCAGGGACCCCACGGCCCCAUGGGACCCCGAGGUGUCCCCGGAAUCCUGGGAGCUGCCGGGCAGAUCGGCAAUGUCGGACCCAAAGGGAAGAGAGGAGAGAAGGGCGAGCGGGGAGAGGUUGGCCGUGGCCACCCGGGAAUGCCAGGUCCUCCAGGGAUCCCAGGUCUCCCGGGCAUCCCCGGCCACGCUGUGGACGGCAAGGCGGGCGAGCGGGGCCUGCCGGGCUCCCCGGGCGAGGCGGGCCGGCCGGGGCUGCCGGGGCCCGCGGGCCUGCCCGGCUUCUGCGAGCCCGCCGCCUGCCUGGCAGCCUCGGCCUACGCGGCCGCCCGCCUCCCGGAGCCGGGCAGCGUCAAGGGCCCCUCGUUCUGA